UCAUGGUCGACUUCUCCAACACAACUGCGCCUGGUGCGCCUCACGACCGACAACACACUUCCUAUCCGUCUGAGCAAUGAAGCAUACCGGUGUUCCAUUCAGUAUCGCUCGGUCCCUGAACACUCUCAUCAACGAGUGCCGCAUCGCCCAACGCCGAGAGUUCCACGAUUACUUCGUUACCCACCUGCCAUCCACGUCGUUGGCACCGGAUAAGUUACAUCCGUCGCACCACAAGCUACCACGAGCCGAUUCGCAACCGCACGAUGGAUCCGCGAGUCGGAGUUCUCAAGUCACCGCCGCCCGCGACACCACGGUCGUUCGGAUCCCCUUGAAAAGCGCAAAGCAUCACUUCGGAGCUGGAGUCAGCAGAGGAAGUCGGCCAUACAAUGAGGACACAUAUCAGGCAGGAUGUAUAGAAAUCCCGGCGUUUGCGAAAAAGCAGCCGGUCAGUAUCAGUCACCGGAAGCUCAUGGACGAGAAUGUGGGAUCGACGCGACAGACGGGAGAUCCUCAGGUGUUCUACUUUGGUGUAUUUGACGGCCAUGGCGGGAGUGAGUGCUCUGAAUUCCUGAGAGAACGACUGCAUGGUUAUAUUGAGGAGUCAGCCUUGCUAUUUGGCAUGGAGAGCACAUUACAGGAGAGCGGAGGCGGCUAUGACACGUCCGGUGGCAUCAUGGGAGAAAUGGACCCAGAGGACUUGCAGAAGAGUUUAGUGAGCUCGUGGAAAGAGACUGUGGGAGGCUACUUUAAACGCUUUCGGCCGGAGUACUUUCCUGCAUUGGCAAGAGACGACGCAGCGCAAGCGCAUGACCCCAAUUCUAUCGAGACUGUGCUCACGUAUGCCUUUCUAAAGGCCGACCUCGACUUCACAACGGCUCAAGCAACGAAGCAUACCAAAGAUGUCAACGAGCAGGCACAACAAGCUCAACGAUCAUCGAUCGACGAUCCAGUACUGUCCGACCGGCCACUGAACGACAACGACAUCCUCUCCAACCCAGACCGGCCCGCAUCUCAAAAUCUGCGGACACGGCCUGCAUCCCGAGGUUCAUCACCGGAUCUCAACGCACCGAUCGGCGGCAACACACGCUUUAAGGGAGGUUCGACCGCAUCGAUUGUGCUCGUCUCGACUCCAUCUCCAACACCAUUUUGGAACCCCAGCAGUCCUAGCACAAUAAUCGCUGCUCACGUUGGCGACACGCGGAUCCUGCUAUGUCAGACGAAAGAUGGCGCGGCUAUCCCGUUGACCUCCAAUCACCACCCUUCUCUACCUACAGAAGCGACCCGAUUGCGAAGAUAUGCUACCUCGUUCGUCACCGAUAGUUUCGGCGAGGAGCGAGUUCUCGGCUUGGCCAACACCCGAGCUUUCGGCGAUGUCGGGAGCAAACGCAUUGGAGUCUCGGCGGAACCACAGAUCACUACCAUCCAGCUGCCCCCCGCAGGAUACGCCUUCAUGGUUCUCGUCUCAGAUGGAGUCUCAGGACAUCUCGAAGACCAGGAGAUUGUAGAUAUCGUCAAGGAGGCUAGGACACCGGUGGAGGCGUCACAGAAAUUGGUCAGCUUUGCGGUCGAGACGGCUGGUGAAGCUGACAAUGCGACGGCAUUGGUAGUGAGGUUGGGAGGAUGGGAACGUAGGAAUGAGGGUGGAGGAGGCAGCUUAGGCACGAAGGAACAACGGGACUUCAGGAUGAGGGAUGCUUUUGACCCUAGAUCUCGUCGGCAGUAA